CCCAACCAAGCAUUCCACCUCCAUCAAAGAACCUUUUCUCAAUUCAAAAAAAUUGCUUUUCAUCAAAUAUUCACGGCACGCGACCUCCUUCCGAAUCUAAACCAUUGAGUAUUAUUAAAGCACUUUUCCUCUUUGUACUUGCUUGGGCUGGUUUGUAUUAAGUCAUAAAGUACAUUGACUUGGGAUUUGGUGAUGAUAUAAGACGUCAUUUGACGGUCUGCGGUUAAAGGGUACCGAGUUUUGAUUUCCCAACCAGGGAGGGAUUUGAAUUGGAAAGGGAGAAAGUAGAUAUACGGAAAAUUCGAAGAGGAAGAAACAGAGAGACAAGAUGUUUCCUCCGGCUCAGACUCUGAAUUUGGAUAUUACUGCUAUUAGUGGGAUUUGUGGGUGAGUUUGUCCUGUACUGGUGUUUUCAAAUUCACCCAAUAUGAAUGAAUUUUGGGUCUGGAAAGGUGAAGAAAUAUAGAUGGCUUUUGCUAAUUCAUGAGUUAGGUCCGUUUCGAUUGCUUGCUGUAAGUUUGUUUUGAUUGUGGUUUUAUGAGGUAUGAGGAUGUUUCAGUUGAAGCUCUCUUCCAUUGUUCUUGGAAACCUGAGAGUGUCUAUGGCAUGGCGGAGAGCAUUUAAGUCGGUGAUGAUUAUCUCUGGUUUUCUGGUUUUUCUCGCUCGAUGCUCUUUUGGAAUGCCCGCCUUUUCAGCUGCUUUUGGCGAGUUGUUACACACUAGGUUCAUAGGCUUAUGGUAUCUUGCUUUUGGUUUCAAGGACUUAACGGUUCACUCCUAUCUCACAAAACUGCUAACUAACAUGGCUGAAUAGGGAUCGUUGUAUUUUCACCCCAAAUUAUUGAGCAGUUUCGUCGAGGUUCAGCAGAUGGCUUAUCCCUUCAAUUUAUCAUCGUCUGGCUUCUAGGCGAUAUUUUCAAUAUUCUCGGAGCUGUAUUACAAGGUGUUCUACCUACGAUGGUACCUGCUCUCCACAUGAAUUUUACAAAAAGUCUCAUACUAACACACAUACAGAUUAUACUUGCAAUCUAUUACACAAUAGCAGACAUAGUCCUACUUCUCCAAUGCUUCUACUACAGAGGCUUCACCUUCCGCGAUGAAGUAAUUCCACCACCAAAGCCCCUCCAUGCGGACGCAGAAUCCCACAUUGGCGAAGCAAACGAAAGGACAGGACUCCUCCCCACAGUCCGAGAACGUCGUGAAAGUUUCCUCUCCGAAACCUCAGUCUCGGCAUCCCAUCUCUCCCCUGCAGUGCCACUGCAAUCCUCUCCAGCACCGAUAACACAACCAACAACCCGUCUCCAAGCCACACUCUUCAACCUCUUCUCCAUUACUAUGGUUUGCUCAGCGGGCGUAAUGGGUUGGUACAUCUCCGAACGCACGCAAUCCCCACAAUCUGCACCACUUCCAGACAGCGACUCAGCCUUGAAAUUUAACCUUUGGGGUCAAAUCUUCGGCUACCUCUGUGCAGUUCUCUAUCUCGGUUCCCGUAUUCCUCAGAUUCUUCUCAACUAUAGACGCAAAUCCACCUCAGGAGUCAGCAUGUUAUUCUUCCUCUUCGCUUGUAUCGGUAACCUGACAUACGUACUCUCCAUCCUGGCAUACGAGCCCAGAUGCACGGGAAAACACGGCCGAUGUAGAGAUGGUGAGAUGGCACGUCUGUAUGGGAGGUAUAUUGGCGUUAAUGCCUCGUGGCUUGCGGGGAGUCUUGGAACACUAUUCCUGGAUUUGGGGAUCUUUAUACAGUUUUUUAUUUAUCGUGACGCUGAAGAGGGGGAGGUUGCUCAGCAUGGAGAGGGGAGGGAGCACAGACCGCUGCUUGAGAGGGGAGAUUCUUCAAUCUGAAUUUUUGGUUUAACUGGAAAGGGGAGUUAGGUGUUGGGUAUGGAAUCAUAUCAGACUGCAUCGUGUACAUCACAUAAAAGGCAUAUCAUAAAAGUUUUGAAACCAG